CCUUCCGCCCCUUCCGCACCACAACUCCACAAGCCCGGGCGCGCCGCCAAGUCUGCCUUUAUUCCCCCCACAGCAGCUUUCGCCGCGGACUCCUCCGACUCCAAGUUUCGCGGGGCAGCACGCGGGCCGCGGGGAGGGUGUGAGGAGUCGGAGCCGGCGCAGUGUGCGCGGCGGCACGGCGACGCCGCGGGGAGGGAUGGAGUACCGCGACAAGCUGGUGCUCGCGCCCAUGGUCCGCGUGGGCACCUUGCCAUUUAGGCUACUGGCUGCUGAAUAUGGUGCUGAUAUUACAUAUGGAGAAGAAAUAAUUGAUCACAAAUUCUUGAAAUGCGAGCGCGUUAUAAAUGAAUCUCUUGGGACUACUGAUUUUGUGGAGAAAGGAACUGACAACGUAGUUUUCCGUACAUGCCCACAAGAAAGGGGUCGGGUUGUAUUCCAAAUGGGCACAUCACAUGCUGUGAGAGCACUUAAAACUGCUGAGAUUGUGUGCCAUGAUGUUGCUGCUAUAGAUAUCAACAUGGGUUGUCCAAAGUCUUUCUCGCUUAGUGGAGGGAUGGGUGCUGCAUUACUCUCCAAACCUGAGCUUAUACAUGAUAUUUUGACAACAUUGCGGAGGAACUUGGAUACAACAGUGACAUGCAAAAUUCGUCUUCUGAACACACCUAAGGACACAGUGGAGUUGGCACGCCGCAUUGAAAAAACUGGUGUUCCUGCUCUUGCUGUACAUGGAAGAAAGAUUAAAGACAGACCAAGAGAUCCUGCUAAGUGGGAUGAGAUUGCGGAUGUUGUGUCAGCCCUGUCAAUUCCAGUUAUAGCUAACGGGGAUGUCUUUGAGUAUGAGGACUUUAAAAGAAUUAAAGAUGCUACAGGCGCCGCUUCAGUUAUGGUUGCUAGAGGUGCCAUGUGGAAUGCCUCUAUCUUUUGUGCCAAAGGAAAAACACCUUGGGAAGAGGUCAAAAGAGAGUAUGUAAGAAAGAGCAUGUUGUGGGACAAUGAUGUGAAGAGCACGAAACAUACCUUGAAAGAAAUGAUAAUGCACUAUUCUUGCCUUGAACUGCCUGAAGGGAAAGGUGUUAUAAAAUGUGACACUUCAGCAGAUUUAGCGAGACUAUACGGGGAGGAGGACUACUACAAUUUUGUUGUUUCAAAUAGGAAAUGAACAGAAUCUGAUGUUGUAAGCUCUCUUGGGGACCAGGUUUCAGGGAGGUUUAGUUUUGGCGCUGUCUGGUCCUGUGAGGAUUGACAAAUUAUCGGUCUUCGUUGGGACACUAGGGCUGUUGUUGUAUUGGUAAUGGAUAUACCUGGAAUUAAGAAUUAUCUGAAGCUCAUACUAAUUUAUUUGGUACUAUAGGGAAUGAAAUUUUGUCAUGUAUUAUUUGGUGGAAAUAGUAUGGUGUAUUCUUUUGGGGGUAAUUCAAGUAGACUUUGAUAUGUUGGCUGUAUUGUUACAGUCCGAUGGUCUGACAAAUAUUGAAAGUUUCCAUGAUAUAUAUCUUUGAUACACAAGCCUGGCACUGGAAAAUAAUCAAUCCAGUUGCAUAUCA